UGUGUUAAUUUUUCUCAUUAUCAUUCUUUUAGAGUAGUACAAAUGUUGCAAUGGUUGUUGAAGUACCCCCCCUCGCUAUUGUACCAAAUUAUAUAGUUCAGAAUAAAAUGCUACGACCUUUCCGAUAUCAGACAGGAGGAACAAUUUUGGCUGGUAAACUAGCAAUGGAAAGAGGCUGGGCCAUCAACAUUGGAGGGGGAUUCCAUCACUGUUGCAGUGGAGAAGGAGGGGGCUUUUGUGCAUAUGCUGACAUUACUCUCUCUAUUAGGUUUCUUUUUCAACGUGUUCCUGGUGUACAAAAAGUCAUGAUAGUAGACUUUGAUGCUCAUCAGGGCAAUGGACAUGAAAGGGACUUUAUGGAUGAUGAUAAAGUGUACAUUAUGGACAUGUACAAUCGUUGGAUUUAUCCUAAUGAUAUUAAAGCAAAAUCUGCUAUAAAUAUGAAAAUUGAAUUGGAUGUACAUACUGGGGAUGAAACAUACCUCCGUCACAUCAGAAGAAAACUUCCAGAAGCCCUUGAUGAGUUUCAUCCUGACAUUGUUGUUUAUAAUGCUGGUACUGAUGUUCUUAUGGGAGAUCCAUUAGGGAUAUUAGACAUCACAGAUCAAGGUGUGAUUCUAAGAGAUGAACUGGUAUUCCAAACUGUCAGAAAUCGAAAUAUCCCAAUUUUCAUGGUAACUUCUGGUGGAUAUCAGAGAAAUAAUGCUCAAGUGAUUGCAGAUUCUAUACUCAACCUUCGUGCUAAACACCUCAUUCCCCAUGCAGAUGAUAAUAAUGAUGAUGAUCCAUGACGUUAUUUUGACGUGUUGUCAAUGAAUAUUUUUAUUUUAUUCUAUUAAUAGAAUUUAUUGCUGAUUUUAAAUUA